CAGCUGGGACCACAGACGUGCAACACCAUGCCAGAGCAAGUGACCUUUGAGGAUGUGGUGGUGGACUUCACCCAGGAGGAGUGGCGGCAGCUGGAGCCUGCCCAGAGGACCUUGUAUUGUGAUGUAAUGCUGGACACCUUCAGGCUUCUGGUCACUGUGGGACAUUGGUUACCAAAGCCAAACAUCAUCUCCCUGCUGGAGCAAGAGGCAGAGCUGUGGGACGUGGACCCUGGAGUUCCCCAAAGUGUGUACCAAGACCUGGAAUCUAGACCCAAAGUCAAACCAUCAGCUAAGCAAGGCAUCUCUGAAGAAAUAUCCGACAGUGUCAUCUUGGUAGAAAGAUUCCUGUGGGCUGGUCUGUGGUACUGCAGGGGUGAGGACACUGAGGGCCACUGGGAAUGGAGUUGUGAGAGCCUAGAGGGCCUGGCAGUGCUGGCAGCCUUCACGCCUGUGAAGACACCUGUUCAGGAGCAGUGGCAGAGGAAUGGGUUUGGAGAAAACUUAAGUCUGAACUCUGAUCUCCCACAUCAACCAAUGACUCCUAAAAGACAAGGCCCCCACACAUGGGGAACAUGUGGAAAAAGGGAGAAGCCAGACCUAAAUGUUCUACAGAAAACCUAUGUAAAAGAGAAACCCUACAAAUGUCAGGAAUGUGGAAAGGCCUUUAGUCACAGCUCAGCCCUUAUUGAACACCACCGGACGCACACAGGAGAGAGACCUUAUGAAUGUCCCGAAUGCAGAAAAGCCUUCCAAAACAGCUCAGCACUUACUAAACACCAGAGAAUCCAUACUGGGGAGAAACCCUAUAAAUGUACUCAGUGUGGGAGGACCUUCAACCAAAUUGCCCCACUUAUCCAGCACCAGAGAACUCACACAGGUGAGAAGCCCUAUGAGUGCAGCGAAUGUGGGAAAUCCUUCAGUUUUAGGUCCUCCUUCAGCCAACAUGAGCGAACUCACACAGGUGAGAAGCCCUACGAGUGCAGCGAGUGCGGGAAAGCCUUCCGGCAAAGCAUCCACCUCACCCAGCAUGUGCGAAUCCACACUGGGGAGAAACCCUAUCAGUGUAGUGAGUGUGGCAAGGCCUUCAGCCACAGCUCAUCCUUGACAAAACACCAGCGAAUCCACACAGGGGAGAAGCCCUACGAGUGCCAUGAGUGUGGAAAAGCCUUCACCCAGAUCACACCAUUGAUUCAGCACCAGAGGACCCACACGGGAGAAAAGCCCUAUGAAUGCAGUGAGUGUGGGAAAGCCUUCAGCCAGAGCACACUCCUGACCGAGCAUCGGAGGAUUCACACAGGAGAGAAGCCCUACGCAUGCAACGAGUGUGGGAAAACUUUCAGCCACAGCUCCUCCCUCAGCCAGCAUGAGCGGACACACACAGGAGAGAAGCCCUAUGAGUGCAGUCAGUGUGGGAAGGCCUUCCGGCAGAGCACACACCUCACCCAACACUUGCGAAUCCACACAGGAGAGAAGCCCUACGAAUGCAACGACUGUGGCAAGGCAUUCAGCCACAGCUCGUCCCUAACCAAACAUCAGCGAAUCCACACUGGGGAGAAGCCCUACAAAUGCAAUGAGUGUGGCAAAGCCUUCAGCCAGCUUGCUCCCCUCAUUCAGCAUCAGAGGAUCCACACAGGAGAGAAACCCUAUGAAUGUAACCAAUGUGGCAGAGCCUUCAGCCAGAGUUCCCUGCUCAUCGAACAUCAGAGGAUUCACACCAAGGAAAAGCCCUAUGGCUGCAAUGAGUGUGGGAAAUCCUUCAGCCACAGCUCCUCACUCAGCCAGCAUGAAAGGACUCACACUGGGGAAAAGCCCUAUGAGUGUCACGAUUGUGGGAAGUCCUUUAGGCAGAGCACCCAUCUCACUCAGCACCGGAGGAUCCACACAGGAGAGAAGCCGUAUGCCUGUACAGACUGUGGAAAAGCCUUUACACACAGCUCCUCCCUUACCAAGCACCAGAGAACUCACACUGAGUAAACACAACUUCACAUGUGCUGGGGACAGAGGAAGACCUGAAGCCAUAGCUCACGUCCCUUUCUAGAUUUGACCCAAUCAUACACAUGAGAAAUGUAUAUUCAUACACAAGCCUUUUUUGUUUGUUUUGAGAUGGAGUUUCAGUUUUGUUGCCCAGACUGGAG